AAGCAGUAGUAUCAUCUUAAAGUAAAUGUCAAUCGAGUACUUUACGCCGUAUACACACACAGUCGCCGUAAAACAAACGUGGCUUGGGCUGACUCGAAUGGGAUACACUGUGUGCAACAUCAAAUUAUAACCUCGAUUCUUAACACUGUAUUUACAGGAAUAGCAUUGUCACUCUUGAAGCUCACGUUAGAGCGAGCGAUAAUCUUUUCUCCAGCAACACGCGUAUAUUACGUUGUGUACAGCUGAAGCAGGGUAGCUAUAACCGAAUAAAACAGGUGGGAUCCAUAUAUAUCUUCGAAAGAGGAAAAAACGCAAAAGCUGAACAAAAGUGACUACAGGAGAACGGAACGUGUACGCAAUAUAAAAAUUACUGUGCGUCAUCGCGCAGUCAGGAGACAAGUUUACUAAACAACGUGAAUCGAUGACCUAACAGUACGAUUCCUACAAAGCUGGGCCAAAUUGCAUCGUUUAGCAGUUAGCUCGCGAACUUCCUAAGAUUCCAGUUACCUCAUCCGUGCUCAAACACACAUUAUAAUUUCGUCCAAAUGACGAUGGGGGAUAAUGAAACAUUUCCUCCAAAUGGAGGAAAUCAAAACUCAACCUGUCUCACUGGCAACGUGUUGAAUAUCUGCACAGGCUGCCAUCAGCCUAUCGAGGAUAGAUUUUUAAUGAAAGUGACGGAAGAUCCAUGGCACGAAAAUUGUCUUCAAUGUUGUGUAUGUCAUUCGCAAUUGUCUCGUAAAUGCUUUAGUCGUGAAAGGAAAUUGUACUGUAGAGAUGACUAUGAAAAGUUAUUUGGAACAAAAUGUAGCCGAUGUCGAGAGUCUAUUCCAUCGAAUGAAUUAGUUAUGAGGACCGCUGGUCAUGUGUACCACAUUCAAUGCUUUUCAUGUGUUGUAUGCAAGUCUCAACUGCAGAAAGGACAGGAGUUUGCACUGAAGGACAACAAAUUAUAUUGUAAAGAAGAUUUUAACCAAUUGGUGAACAUGAACAACAUAAAACAGGAAAAUAACUCUGACAGCGACGAUCCUGACAGCGAUUCCGAUUCAGAUGGAAAAAAACCUGCAAAACGCCCUCGAACAAUCUUAACGAGUCAGCAAAGGAAAAUAUUCAAGUCGUCAUUUGAAGUUAGUUCAAAACCAUGUAGAAAGGUACGAGAGGAAUUAUCACGUGAGACAGGUCUGAGCGUGCGCGUAGUGCAAGUGUGGUUUCAAAAUCAACGCGCAAAGAUAAAAAAACUGGCAAGAAGGAACAAUCCAGACUCAGAUAACGCAGCCAGUUGUCGCGUGACGAGCAGACAGAGGGCUGGGAAAAAGUCAAAAGAAGAGCGAGAAAACAACAAGAGCUUGAAUGGUUGCGAGAGUCCGCAAUCAAUUGGUCAGCCCAUAUCACUACCUUUACCACCAAUGUCCCACUAUAGCAACAUGGGUCCUAUAAUCACACCUGGUCAGUAUCCUUGUGCAUCCAACAACGUGCCCCCAAUGAAUGCCUUUCCAUUUCAAGGGAAUAUAAAGUCACUAGAACCAUUAUCCAGUAUGUCUCCACCAUUGGAAACCAUGCAAGUCAUUGAUGAACAAAUGAAUUCAUCUAUGCAGUAUUCAACACAGACAGACAAUUUAUCUACAUUAAAUUUAAAUCCUCGGAAUGGACAGAAUCAUUUAGAACUCAUGCAUGACAUGCUAAACUCUUUUUAAACCCUGGAGGAUUAAAUAUUCUGUCAUUGAUUUUGCUUGUGCUUUUGAAAAAUGAAAAGCUGGACAUCUAACUAUGUGUACAGUGUAUAUAAAAUAGCUAUCAGUUAGAUAGAAUCAUUUCAGUUUUCAACUAAAUCACACAUUUCAAGAUGAGAUCAUAAUUGAAAUGAAGAGUGUUAAAUGAAAUUAUGGACAUAUUAUAAAAUACGAUUAUUUAUUGA